GCUGGCGGGAGCGCGCGGCGGAUCCCCGGCCUGGGCUGCGGCGGUUAGUCCUCUCCCGGCCGCCGUCGGCUCCGACAUAUUGCCCGCAGGAGCUGCGGCGGCGAACGGAGAGUGCCGGGGGAAGGAGAUGGGAGGACGAAGAGGGCCCAACAGGACAUCUUACUGCCGAAAUCCACUCUGUGAGCCAGGAUCUUCAGGGGCCUCUGGGGGAGGCCAUACUUCCAGUGCAUCUGUGACCAGUGUCCGUUCUCGAACCAGGACCAGUUCUGGGACGGGCCUCUCCAGCCCUCCACUGGCCACCCAGACAGUUGUGCCUCUGCAACACUGCAAGAUCCCUGAGCUGCCAGUCCAGGCCAGCGUUCUCUUUGAGCUCCAGCUCUUCUUCUGCCAGCUCAUAGCCCUGUUCGUGCACUACAUCAACAUCUAUAAGACAGUCUGGUGGUAUCCACCCUCACACCCACCCUCCCACACCUCCCUGGGACUGUCCCACUUCCCUUCUCUGGGUCCUGUUCUACUCCUCUAGGUAAUUUCCUGGCCUGAGUCAGCUGGAGGCCAAUGAAGAACUUCCACCUCAUCGACUUCAACUUGCUGAUGGUGACCACCAUUGUUCUGGGCCGCCGCUUCAUUGGGUCCAUCGUGAAGGAGGCUUCUCAGAGGGGGAAGGUCUCCCUCUUUCGCUCCAUCCUGCUGUUCCUCACCCGCUUCACCGUUCUCACGGCUACAGGCUGGAGUCUGUGCCGGUCCCUCAUCCACCUCUUCAGGACCUACUCCUUCCUGAACCUCCUGUUCCUCUGCUACCCGUUUGGGAUGUACAUUCCGUUCCUGCAGCUGAACUAUGAUCUUCGCAAGACAAACCUCUUCAGCCAUGUGGCUUCCAUGGGGCCCCGAGAGGCAGUCAGUGGCCUGGCAAGGAGUCGGGACUACUUGCUGACACUUCGGGAGACUUGGAAGCAGCACACAAGACAGCUGUAUGGCCCAGAAGCCAUGCCCACUCAUGCCUGCUGCUUGUCACCCAGCCUCAUUCGCAACGAAGUAGAGUUCCUCAAAAUGGACUUCAAUUGGCGCAUGAAGGAAGUGCUUGUCAGUUCCAUGCUGAGUGCCUAUUAUGUGGCCUUUGUACCUGUUUGGUUUGUCAAGAAUACGCACUACUAUGACAAGCGUUGGUCCUGCGAGCUCUUCCUGCUGGUGUCCAUCAGCACCUCUGUGAUCCUCAUGCAGCACCUGCUUCCUGCUAGCUACUGUGACCUGCUGCACAAAGCUGCUGCCCAUCUGGGCUGCUGGCAAAAGGUGGACCCAGCCCUUUGCUCCAACGUGCUGCAGCACCCGUGGACUGAAGAGUGCAUGUGGCCACAGGGUGUGCUGGUGAAGCACAGCAAGAAUGUCUACAAAGCAGUGGGCCACUACAACGUGGCCAUCCCCUCCGAUGUCUCCCACUUCCGGUUCCACUUCUUUUUCAGCAACCCCCUGAGGAUCCUUAACAUCCUCUUGCUGCUGGAGGGCGCUGUCAUUGUCUACCAGUUGUACUCCUUAAUGUCCUCGGAGAAGUGGCACCAGACCAUCUCACUGGCCCUCAUCCUCUUCAGUAACUACUAUGCCUUCUUCAAGCUGCUCCGGGACCGCCUGGUUUUGGGCAAAGCCUACUCAUACUCAGCCAGUCCCCAGAGAGACCUGGACCACCGGUUCUCCUGAGCUUCGGGGUGAUCCUCAAGACAGCAUCCAGGCUUCACCCAAGGGCCUUCUGGCCAAGGGCUGUUGGGGUUGGGUUGGGGAGGUGGGGCAAGAAAACACGAAAAACCCAAAAAAAUCCACCAGAGCUUUGUAUUUUUGUUACGUAAUGUUUCUUUCUUUGAUAAUUGAUGUGAUAAGAAGAAAAAAGUCUUAUUUUUAUACUCCCAACAA